CGGCUUUGAAUGACCACUAUAGCUUUGAAUGAGUACACUCAGCAGCAACCCCUCGGAAUGGGGGCGUCAGACUCCGGCCGGCCGAUAUGAGGGCAAGAGGGCAACGGGGCGUCACUGGCCUGGCUUCACCUGAACAGCAUAGCCGCCGAUGAUCUGGGCAGCAGGGCAUGUACCUGCGUGUGUUUGGUGCGGUCAGACACUACCAAAGGGGGCACAGGGCAACACCGCCCGUGCUGCGCUGGCUAGCAAUGGACAACAGCUCGGACGACCAUGGCUGGACCAUCGAGCCCUAGCGCGACUACAAAAGCGAGUCUCUCUUACGUCCUUUCUCUUUCGUCGUCUCACUUAAACCUUGUUCCUCAUCGUCCCUCUGCCUCGACGACGGUACCCACGGUAGCCACCAUCCCACACCUCGACUACUUACCCAGUCGUUGGCAACCAAUUCCCUUCUGAACUCAAGCCUAUCUCUUCGCCGCCGCUCUUGAGCGCAAUGAUUGGCGCCCACAAGGACCCCUCGUCCACCUCGCUGGCAGAUGACGACAAGAGCACCGGCGAUGUGACUGACGUGGAGAAGCAAUCAGCCAUGCCCUCCGCCUUUGCAUCCACUGGCCAAAGAGUAGCCUCUUCCGGAGCUAUUCCCGCUAGGUCGGCGACAUUCAGGCUCCCCAACCCAGCGACUUUUGGCAUAGACGAGUCAGGCCGCAGGACCAUCGGUGGCGGUUACUCGCAAGACAUACAGCGAGAGCGGACGCUGGAAGCGACACAAUCCAUCGGUGGCCUUUCACUCGCUCGAGCUACGGCAAGGCAGAACAUCGAUCCGAGAGCCCGAGUCGCAGCUGACUUCAGGACUAUGUCCAUUCAGAUGAGCCAAGGCGGUGUCGCAGCCCCAGCAACGCCAAACAAGAAGAGCAGCAAAUUUGCUUGGAUCCCUGCCCUCCCUUUUGUCUCUAAGAAAAGUCAACACAUCGCGGUAGCCGAUCAGGCCAUCACUGACCUCGAAUGGCAUCUCAUCUCGAUCGAUGAGGUCUUUCAACGCCUCAGCAGUAGUCCCAAACUUGGACUCGAAGCUGCUCAAAUCGAGCGCAAGAGAGCCCAGGACGGUCUCAAUAAGCUCAGCAAGCCCCCCAGUCAGUGGCCGAGGAAAAUUUUCAAUUACUGGUUUGGCGGCUUCGGAUCUUUGCUUCUCGUGGCCGCCAUUCUGGUCAUGAUCUCAUGGAAGCCACUUGGAGCUGCUGAUCCACAAGUCUCGGUACUGGCGUUGUCUAUUGUGUUAUUCGCUGUCCUCGCGCUUCAAGCUCUAUUCAACGCCUGGCAAGACUUCACCACCUCCCGAACUAUGGCUUCCAUAAGCGGCAUGCUCCCCUCUUCCGUCCUGGUCAUCCGAGGCGGGGAGAGGACGUCUAUCCCUCCUGAGGAGGUUGUCAGGGGAGACAUCGUCGUGAUUGGUAUUGGCCAACGAAUCGCAGCCGAUGUGAGAUUCUUCCAUCUGGACAGUCAGGUCAAGAUUGAUCGAUCUAUGCUUACAGGAGAGUCAGACGCCAUCAAGGCAUCGGUUGACAGUACCGACAACAAUUACCUCGAGACUCGCAACAUGGCAUUCAUGGGGACGAUGUGCGUGUCCGGCAGCGGGGGUCUCGCUGUAGUGACUGCCAUCGGUGACGACACCGUCUUCGGUCGAUUGGCAAAGGAUGCCUCAAAGCCACGAGUCGGGAAGACUACGUUGGAAAAGGAAAUAUUCUACUUUGUGUUUACGAUCAGCACGAUCGCUAUCUCUCUGGCCGUCAUCUGCAUCAUCGUUUGGGCAGCUUACCUGCGCCCGCAGCAUCCCGAAUUCAUGAGCGUGCCUCAGCUCAUCGUCAACGUCGUCUCGAUCGUCGUCGCCUUCAUUCCAGAAGGUCUUCCCAUCGCUGUCACCCUCAGUCUGACUGCAAUCGCCAGUAGAAUGCGAAAAGCACGGGUGUUGGCCAAGACACUUUCUGUAGUCGAGACCCUGGGUGCUGUCAACUGCAUACUGUCAGAUAAGACAGGCACGCUUACAACGAAUGAAAUGCGAGUCACCUCAUUGGCCGUGUUUGGACACAACGAUACGUGCUCCCCGACGGAUUCGCUGAAGCACAUCACGUUGAGUGCUCCACUUGGGCAUGCCUUGCGAUCGCUUGCCUGGCUGGCUGGCGUCUGCAAUGCUGCAUCAUUCCAGGUCUCGGAAGACAAGAAGAUUGCCGCUCUGUCAAUCGCAGACCGACCGAUCAAUGGUGACGCUACGGACUCUGCCUGUCUCAGACUCUGCGAGGAGCUCGGGGGUGUUGAUGAAGCAAAGACUGGCUGGAACAUCAUCGGAAGCCUGGCCUUCAACUCCAAGAACAAGUUUGCUGUUCGCAUUCUUCAACUCUCUGAAGAUUCCGCUGCUCGCCUCAACAUUGCUCUUUGCGAGAGCGAGUCUCUAGACUUUUCCCGUACCGAUCAUGCCGUGUUGAUUGUGAAAGGUGCUCCAGAUAUCCUCUUGAAGAGAUGUGCCUCGAUCUUGGAUGCUGGCGGCAAGAUUUUGCCGCUCGACUCGGAACGUCUUGCCUGGAUAUCAAGAGUGCAGAGCGAGUGGGCUGAUCAGGGCCAGCGGGUUCUCGUUCUCGCUCGCAAGGUCAUUAGCCGCGAGGGUUUGCCCAGUAUCAUCGACGACGAUGUCAUCCUUGGUCUUACCGAAGACCUUACCGUCGUUGGUCUCGUCGGUAUCGUCGAUCCUCCUCGUCCUGAGAUUCCGGGGGUCGUGGCUACCUGCAGAGGAGCGGGAGCAAGAUUCUUCAUGGUCACUGGAGAUUUCCAAAAGACUGCCGUCGCGAUCGCCCGUCAAUGUGGCAUCAUAAGUGCUCGCACUGUGUAUCAAUUCAAGGACCUCUCUGACGAGACUCUGGUCCUGCCAGAAUACCACUUCCUCAACGACAAUGCCUCACGACCACAGCUGGCUUUGAGUCUCUCAGGAGCAGACCUCGAGCAGAUGAAUGCAGAACAGUGGGAGCGCGCUUGCCGCUUCGACGAGAUUGUCUUCGCUAGGACUACGCCGGAGCAAAAGCUCCGCAUCGUUACCGAAUUCCAAGCUCGAGACGGAAUCGUCUCAAUGACAGGUGAUGGCGCCAACGAUGCUCCAGCGCUGCGACAGGCCGAUGUUGGAGUUGCUAUAGCCGGCGGCUCCGACAUUGCCGUUGAGUCAGCCGAUCUGGUCCUGCUCGACGGCUUCUCUGGUUUCGUGGAUGCCCUGAUGCUCGGACGUCUCUGCUUCGACAACUUAAAGAAGACGGUUGCGUAUUUGCUACCAGCCGGAACGUUCGCAGAGCUCUGGGCCGUCCUGGUGGCCUUCUUCUUUGGCCUGCCUCAAGCCAUUUCGAACCUGCAGAUGAUCUUCAUUUGCGUGUGUACCGACAUGGCUCCCUCGUUAUCGCUCAUUAACGAAUCGCCAGAGUCUGAUAUUCUCAAGCGAAAGCCGCGCAAUGUUAGGACGGACCGCUUGGCCGACUGGAAGCUCCUUUGCCAGUCUUACCUAUUCCUUGGCCUGCCCUUGACAGUAUUUGCGAUGACGAUGGCCUUCUGGUUCAUGCAACGUUCGGGUCUACCCUUUUCGUCCCUCUGGCUUAAUUACGGCGGCGCACCGCUCGCCACUCAAGAUCUUGAGAGGUACAACGAAAUCCUUUACGGCGGUCAGUCGGUCUACUUCUUCACUCUUGUCUUGUCUCAAUGGGGGACUCUGCUCAUCGUCCGCACCCGCAAGUUAUCCAUCUUCCAACAGCCGCCCUAUUUCAAGCCGUCCACCGCCAAUUGGUUUAUUCUGCCGGCCAUGAUCACUGCCCUUGCUCUAGCAAUCUUCUUCUCCUACAUACCCGGUCUGCAGAAGGUCUUGAACACGCGCGGAGUUCCAGCUGAGAACUACGGGCUGCCGUUGGCGUACGCUCUGUUCAUGCUGUGCGUCGAUGAGACAAGGAAAUACCUCGUCAGGAAGUAUCCCAAAUCUUUCCUGGCGAAGGCUGCCUGGUAAAGUCGAGGCCGGGUGGGUGUAGCGAGGUCAGUCUUUGUUCUGUAGAUAUUCCCGUUGCGAAUGUAUUCGUCCUGUGCCAUUGAGUCUUGCUAAUCAGGUUCCUUCGGUACCUGUGGUACGAGAACAAUGAUCACACUUCUUAGCAAAGGAGGAAACCAAAACAAACCUAGUCUGUC